AUGAGGCUCCUCGUCGCUCUAUCCGCCGGUCUACUAACCGGCAUCUCCGCCAACCCCGUCAGCACACCCACCCUCACCUCCCGCUCCGCAACCUCCGUCCAAGAAACCAUCAGCCUCUGCACGCAAUACGCCUACCACUCCGCAAACGGCUACGAAAUCCUCAACAACCUCUGGGGCAAAGACCAGGCGACAUCUGGUUCUCAGUGCACCUACUACGAGGGCAGCACCGGAAACGGCAUCAAAUGGAGCACAGAUUGGGUCUGGCAAGGCGGCCAGGACCAAGUUAAGAGCUAUGCCUACGCCGGUAAAAUCCUGACCAAAGGGCAAAAGAUCUCGCAGAUUACUAGUAUGCCGACGCAGGUGGAGUGGUCGUAUAAUCAGACGAGCAAUGUGAGGGCGAAUGUGGCGUAUGAUGUUUUUACUGCGGCGGAUCCCGAGCAUGUUAAUAGUAGUGGGGAUUAUGAGCUUAUGGUCUGGCUCGGGAGGCUGGGAGGCGUAUGGCCUAUCUCGCAAGCUGGAGCCCCAGUGGCUACCGUUACCAUCGCUGGAUACACGUUUGAUCUCUACACCGGCUACAACGGGUCGAUGCGCGUGUACAGUUUCGUACGCGCUGGAAACAGUGAUAUCAAGAGCUUUAGCGCUGAUAUCAAGUUGUUCUUCAACUACCUGGUACAGACCCAGCAGUACCCUGCGAGCACGCAGAAUCUGAUCGUCUAUCAAAUCGGUACGGAAGCUUUCACUGGUGGGCCUGCGAGGUGGUCGGCUUCGAGCUUCAGCCUUGAUGUCAAGGUUUAG